AUGGAACAAUCCAUCAUUCAGUGCUUCGUAGUGACAUUUUUCAUGGGCAAGUUCACUGCCCAAGGUAUCAAUCUUGGAGAAAAAGUCGUAGACCAUGAAUUUCCUCAUUUAGUAGCAAUAUUUAAAGAUCCUGGAUUCGAAGCUAAACAUGUUUGUAGUGGAAAUAUUUUGAACGAGUAUUGGAUUUUGACAGCUGCUCAUUGUACAGCCGAUUUUUCAGAAGGUCUUUUUGUUAAAGCGGGGCAACUCGGUCUCGAUAACACGAAAAGUAGCUACGUGGCUUCGGUCGAAACAAUAUUUCUUUACGCAGAUCAAAACAGCAAAAAGAAUCACGAUAUUGCUUUGAUAAAACUUAAAGAGCCUUUAGGGUUCAAUUCUCAAGUUCAGCCAAUCGAAAUAUCUGGUGAACAUCUUAUAGUCGGCGAAAAUGUUACCAUUUCUGGUUGGGGUGGGGUAGACCCAGUGGGAAAUGGUGCAUCGCAAGAACUAUACAAAACAACGAUGACAAUUAUUGAUGAUGAUUCAUGCAUGGAUCUUCUUGCAGUUGUUUAUCAAAAUCCAUCAUUACAUCCUAAUGAUUUUUGUACCAAAGGAUUAGAUGGUGUGACAACUUGUAAAAAAGAUGGUGGAAAUCCAGUAAUGAGAAUGAGAAAAAACAAAACUUUCGAGCUUGUUGGAUUGGCUUCUUGGUGGAGCGAUCCUUGCGGCGUCGAAGGAGCACCUUCUGUGAAUGUAAAAGUCAAACCAUACCUUGAUUGGAUAACAUCGACAUUAGCUAAUAAUUAA